UUAUGGAGAAAAACAGUGGAAGAAAAUGGGGUUGAAAGCCACCGAGAAUUAGGUUAGGAUGGCUUUCGGAUUGAUGAUUGGGGAUCUUCAUGGUUGUUUCUUUAGUUUCUACAGUUCCCUUUGCUCAAUAUCAUCAAAAGGUGAAUUUGUCGUGGCUUUCCAGUAAGGAUAGAAGCAGUGCCAUCAAUCUAAAUUCAAUUUUGUCCCCAGGGGAACAUCCUUUCCAGGUAAAAUUCACUUUUACCCUGAUAAAAUAAUUUUUAGGUAUGAUGUUAUGAACUGAAAUGCACUUCACAUCAGUCCUGCCAAUUGGAAAUAUGCUACAGAGCAGAAUUUGUGAAGAAGCUUCCAGAUAAAGUUAUUGCUCAACGUGAACAUUCCGGUCAUAUUAGCUACUGGUUUCAUUGUCAACAUUCUGAUGGAAUAUAAGCAGUAUCAUCGUUCAUGUUAAUGGAUCAGUAACUUUCUUUCUUUGGCUGAUGAUCUUUUUGUAAGUGAUGGCACGGCUAACCAUGUACUUUCUCAUUUUGACUGUUAUUAAGAUGAAUUCUCUAUCUCUCUCUUUCUUGUAAUUAUGAUCUAAAUCAUUUUACUCAGUAGGCUAGCUGAAGCGGUAUUUUGGUAAUAAUGAUAUUAUCCCCUUUUUUUUUCAAAAGAAUAUACAAGCAUCUUAAUUUCUCAUAUUUUCCAGACUGUUCAGUUGUUAUUUCACAGGAAUAUUAACUUUUUGUUUUUUUGAACUUUGAUGGUAGGCGCAAAGCCUGAGUUGGGAAUUGAACCUAAAACUUGGUGCCACAAAGGGUGCAUCUUGUGCCACUGGACUCAAUGAUCUUUGGCAUAGGAAUAUUAACUUUGAAAUGUCUUAUUCCAUUUCUGAAUCUUUGGCUUUCAAUAAUUUAUAUUAAGAUAUGGUCUGUUGUUAGACAUUGGCUUGAGGUGCGAAAAUUCUCCCUUGUGGCACAUUCAUUUGGAGGUUUGGUGGCAUGAUAUGCUAUUGGGAGGUUUUUAUGACUACUCUUCAACAUCAAGGCCUUUAGGUACAAGUGCAACCAAAAAUGACUUUGGUAAAGAGUAGAUAGAAUAUUCAGAGCAAUGCCUUGAACAGUGUUACAAAGCCACAAUUGCUCGUUUGGAGCCAGUGAACUAUACCAUUUGCAACAGCACAUCUUGAUUCAAGAGGACAUGGUCAAUUUCUUAAGCUUGCUUUGCACUGUCAUUUCAAGAUUGAGUAUAAUUAUUAAGUCUCUUUUUUCUGUUCUGUGGGGAUAUUUUUGGUUUGUCUCCUCUUUUUUCUCUCUCUUUUCUGCCAACAUUGUGCUCAAAUUGACAGUGCUUUGGGGCUUGUCCGUCCAUCCACUUCAUUCUCCACUCAAACUUUCAUUUGUAUCUGUGGUAUUUGGAAGGCAACUUGGUAGUGCAACCUCAGAUUGGUCCAAUUCUGAUUCUAUCGCUGCCUGACCUAAUGGUUGAGCGUGACUGCUAAGAAUGAUCCGUUGCUGCUCCACUUUCAGAAAACCUUUCAAUGCAGAUUAUGGCCUUCUUUCAAUUUUAGAUGUUUGCAGUUCAGUCCAACAAAUCAAGCAAACACAUGCUCAACUUAUCACUACCGGCCUAAUUUUUCAUCCCAUUCCAGCCAAUAAGCUCCUCAAACUUCUUGGCUUUUCUAGCUUCGGUUCUUUGCAUUAUGCCCAUCAAGUAUUUGAACAAAUUCCCCAUCCAGACCUAUUCGUUUACAACACCAUAAUAAAAGCUCAUGCACUCUCACCCACUUCAUCUUAUAAUUCUUUCAUGGUAUUCAAGUUAAUGACCCAGAGUUCAAGUCUUUUGCCUAAUCAGUAUACUUUUGUGUUUAUUUUCAAUGCGUGUGGAAACGGGUUGGGGAUCCUUCAGGGAAAGCAGGUUCAAGUUCAUGCCAUAAAACUUGGUUUUGAGAACAAUUUAUUUGUUACUAAUGCCUUAAUUGGGAUGUAUGGAAAGUGGGGUUUAGUAGAGGAGGGCAGAAAGGUUUUUGAUUGGGCUGUGGCUAGGGAUAUGUAUUCCUGGAACACCAUGAUGGCUGUGUACACUGGAUCAGGCAAAAUGGGUCAAGCCAAAGAAUUAUUCAGCAAAAUGCCAGAGCAAGAUGUUGUAUCAUGGAGUACUAUCAUAGCUGGUUAUGUGCAGGGUGGUUUUUUCAUGGAGGGAUUGGAUUUCUUCCACAAGAUGUUGCAAGCUGGUGCCAAACCAAAUCAAUUUACUUUGGUAAGUGCUCUUGCAGCCUGUUCAAAUUUAGUAGCCUUGGAUCAGGGAAAGUGGAUUCAUGUUUAUAUUGACAAAGGUGAGAUUAAGUUGAAUGAAAGACUACAUGCUGGCCUUAUUGACAUGUAUGCAAAAUGUGGAGAGAUAGAAUUUGCAUUAAGAGUUUUCCAUGAACACAAAGUUAAGAGAAAAGUUUGGCCUUGGAAUGCAAUCAUUGGUGGGCUUGCAAUGCAUGGAAAGCCGAACGAGGCUAUCAAAGUUUUUGAACAAAUGAAGAUGGAAAAAGUUAUCCCUAAUAAGGUCACAUUUGUUUCUCUAUUAAAUGCUUGCAGCCAUGGCUAUAUGGUUGAGGAGGGAAAUUUCUAUUUCAGAUCGAUGAAGUGUGAUUAUGGGAUAAAGCCAGAAAUAGAGCAUUAUUGUUGUAUGGUAGAUCUACUGGGUAGGGCUGGCCUAUUGAAGGAGGCUGAAGACAUGAUUUCAAGUAUGCCUAUGACUCCAGAUGUGGCAAUUUGGGGUGCGCUACUCAAUGCUUGUAGAAUCCAUAAAGAUGUGAUGCGGGGACACAGGAUAGGCAAAACAAUUAAGGAAUUGGAUCCUGACAAUAUUGGUUGUAACAUUCUACUGGCCAAUAUCUAUUCUAUGUCUGGAAGAUGGACUGAAGCAAAAAUGUUGAGAGAGAAUGGAGUCAAUUGGGGAAGAAAGAAAACUCCUGGAUGCAGCUCAAUUGAGCUGAAGGGCAUAUUCUAUCAAUUUCUUGUUGGAGAUAGAUCCCACUCUCAAACUAAAGAGCUAUAUUCAUUUUUGGAUGAGAUGACUUCCAAGUUGAGGAAUGCUGGUUAUGUUCCAGAAUUUGGUGAACUUUUGCUUGAUAUUGAUGAUGAGGAAGAUAAAGAGACAGCUUUGUCCAUACACAGUGAGAAGUUGGCUAUAGCUUUUGGGUUGAUGAACACAGAACCUGGAACAUCCCUUCGCAUUGUGAAGAAUUUAAGAGUUUGUUGGGAUUGCCAUCAAGCAACAAAGUUCAUUUCUAUGGUUUAUGACCGAGUAAUUAUAGUCAGAGACCGGAUUAGGUAUCAUCACUUCAAAGAUGGAAUCUGUUCUUGUAAUGAUUAUUGGUAGAUGCAAACAGUGCUAGUUUGUUUAUAUGAUUCAUCAUAUUGGUGCACUAUUAGUGUAUUGCUCAGACUACCUUGAUUUGCCGUCAGCUUCAUUGUCAACAAUUGCUAUGUCUGAAUUUUUCACUUUGUUAUUGAUGUGCUUUCGGGAACUUGAGAGAAAACCUCAAUUGCACUGCCUCGAACUUUUCCUGUUGCAUUUUCUCCGUGUAUGGCGAUGUAAAACAGAUUCUACUGGACUCAUCCCUAAAACAUCAUUGCUGAUAGGUCUUCCCCGGUUGUCGGACUCAUCUUAAGUUUACUUACAAGGGAAUUCUUUAAAGUAAUAAAAUAAAUGUAGACACGUGUUUGAACCUCUUUUCCUCUCCGGCUCACCUCUUUUCUUAGGCUUGUCACUAUUGUUUCAGCCAGAGCAAGGUCGAAUUUAAUUGAUGCCUCAAUUUUCUUCGUGUGGGGAUUGUUACAUUCAGUUUGACUUGCAGUCUUUUUCCAACCAAAUCUCAAGCUUUAUAAGUUCCAGAUUAUAUAUGUAAGCAGUUGAAUCGCAGGUUUAUCUCUAAGCAUCUGACCAAAUGCUUGAAGCUCAUUUGCAUUUGAACUAUUAUGUAGGUGUGAAUGGGCUUCAAAAUUGAAGAUAUUGUGUCGGUUGAUUGAUGACUGACAUAUAUCAGUUACAUUUAAGACGUUGUCUGUUUCUGAUGCAUAACUUGUUUCAAGAAUUGCGGUCUAUCUCAUCAAAAGUUGUGUUCUGGCUUUGACUAGUGAAGGCGAUUUGUAAUGCCAACUUCAGAACAGGUGCAUACAUAGAGUUAUUUGACUUAUGAUAUAUAAUAGAUUCGUGAUAAUCAUGUAUUCCUUUUUGGUAUUUAACAAUCCCUGUGUUUGUGAGAAAUGUAAUUAAUGCCUUGAAGAUGUGUGCGCUAUGCACUAAAAUACAGACUCGAAACUUUAGAUAGGCAAAGAGACACAAGAUCAAAGAACUUCUAAUUACUAUUGUUUAGUUGUGACUA